CCAGUUUAUAGACCGAGUUCUCGUGUUGCGAAUUACAUUCUGAUAAAAUUUUGUUUAAAGUUAAGACAUAACUGGUUCACUGAUUGCUACAGCAUAAUCUAGACCUAUAUCUACGACCCGUUUGAAGCCUACACUGGUUAAAUGGGAGUACCAGCAUUUUUUCGAUGGCUGAGUAGAAAAUAUUCUUCUAUAGUCAUCCACUGCAACGAGGAAAAGGCCAAGGAAAUAGAUGGAGUCACAAUCCCAGUGGACACAAGUCUACCAAAUCCAAAUGAUAUCGAGUUUGAUAAUCUUUACUUGGACAUGAAUGGGAUUAUUCACCCUUGUAGUCACCCAGAGGACAGACCUGCACCAAAGAAUGAACAAGAAAUCAUGAUUGCUAUCUUUGAUUCAAUUGAUCGUCUCUUUAGCAUUGUUCGUCCACGAAGGGUGCUAUACAUGGCGAUUGAUGGAGUGGCCCCUCGUGCAAAGAUGAAUCAACAACGUUCCAGAAGAUUCCGUGCUUCAAAGGAAGGAGUAGAACAAACUGAACUGAAAGCUUCAAUCCGAGCAGAGUUGUUGAGAAAUGGAAUGAGAUUGCCGGAGGUCGAUCCAAAAGCUGAAAGAUUUGACAGCAACUGUAUCACACCAGGAACCGAGUUCAUGUUUCGGUUGGCUGCUUGCCUUCGGUUUUACAUCAUUGAUCGAUUAAAUAAUGAUCCGGGCUGGAGAAACAUUGAGGUGAUUUUAUCUGAUGCCAAUGUACCUGGAGAGGGAGAACACAAGAUCAUGGAUUUCAUACGAAAACAACGUGGACAACCUGAUCAUGACCCUAAUACUCAUCACUGUAUAUGUGGAGCAGAUGCUGACUUGAUCAUGCUAGGUCUUGCUACUCAUGAACCAAACUUUACAAUUAUCCGUGAAGAGUUUAAACCCAACCAGCCCAGACCUUGUGGAAUAUGUGCGCAGUACGGACAUGAGAUGACCGACUGCUGUGGCCUCCCUAGGGACCAAAGUGACGAACUAAACGUAGUGCAAUCUCAACCACACGCAGGGACAAACUAUAUUUUCAUAAGAAUAUGUGUAAUUAGAGAGUACAUCAAACUUGAAAUGGAGAUGCCGGGUCUUCCGUUCAAAUACGACUUUGAAAACAUCAUUGAUGAUUGGGUGAUGAUGUGUUUCUUCGUCGGGAAUGACUUCCUUCCUCAUCUCCCAUCCCUGGAGAUCAGGGAGGGAGCAAUUGAUAAACUUGUGCGACUUUAUAAAGAUAUUGUUCACCAAACUGGGGGCUACCUGACUUGCAACGGAAAAGUUAAUUUAUCUCGAGUUGAGAAGAUAAUGAUGGGAAUCGGGAAGUUGGAGGAUGAGAUCUUCAGGAAGAGAAGAGAGAGUGAUGUCAACUACAGAGCAAGAGAGAAAGCAAAGCGACAAAGGACUAAGCGAGAUCAAGGUCCUUCCUACAUCCCAGGAUCACAGUUUGCUCCAACUCCGCUUGGUUCAGGGUUUGAAUCCCCCAACCCACUCACUAAUGUAAAGCAAUCCAUUCUUGAAAUGAGGUCUAAAGAUUUAAAGAACUUGGAUGCUGCUGCUUCACUGAGAGCCAUGUUGUCAAAAUCUUCAACUUCAACUCAAGCUGAGUCUUCUGCAGCAAAGAGAAAAAAGGAGGACAAUGAUGAUGAUGAACCAGAUGAUGACGUGAGGUUAUGGGAGGAUGGGUGGAAGGAAAGAUACUUCAGAGCAAAGUUUAAUGUUUCAAUGAAGGAUUUUGAAUUCCGUCGAACUCUAGUUCGUUGUUAUGUGGAAGGUUUAUGUUGGGUGUUGCUGUAUUAUUAUCAAGGUUGCGCCUCAUGGAAAUGGUUCUUCCCUUUCCAUUAUGCUCCAUUCGCCUCCGAUUUUUUUGAUAUUUCCGACCUUCCUAAUGAGUUUCCCACAAACACCCAACCCAAGAGGCCACUAGAGCAGCUUAUGUGCGUCUUCCCGGAGGCCAGUGGUCAGUUCCUACCAACCACCUGGAGAAAACUAAUGGGGGAUCCUGAAUCUCCAAUUAUUGAUUUUUAUCCGGAAGAUUUUAAGAUUGAUUUGAACGGGAAGAAAUAUGCAUGGCAGGGGGUUGCCCUGCUUCCGUUUGUUGACGAGGAUCGGAUGAUGAGCUCGCUAACGAGGGUUUAUGAUGAUCUUACCCCCCAGGAAGAGAAAAGAAACAGUCGCGGCAAUGAUUAUCUUUUCGUUGGUGUCCACCAUCCUUUACAUGCUUUGUUGAAAGGUCUAUAUGAAGGAGGAACACCCCCAAUGUCGUAUGAUGAAGCAGCAGAUAUAGAUCCUGGGUUGGCUCAUGGUAUGGCUGGAAAGGUGUGGAAUGACGAACACUGUAAAGUGGGACAAACAGUGGUCCAUGCACCAGUGCCCAUCCACAACUGUUUGGAUAGCGUUAUGAACAACCAAGUACUCAGCAUGGCAUUCAAGGACCCUGCAUAUCCUGAAGGCCACAUAUUUGAAGCCAAGUUACUUCCAGGAGCCAAGUUUCCACCUCCCUCAGUGAAACCUCAGGAUCUCCGUAGCAACGAUCGUGGCGGAGGUUACCGUGGCAACAGGGGUGGUAACCAUUGGCAACCAGUGAUCGGGUUCAACCACCAUCGAUCGAGGAGCGCACUCGACCCAAGCUCUCACAGACACAUUCGACACAACAUGCCAUACCGUGGUUCCUCUUCAUAUAACAACCAAGGCUACAAUCCAAGGCACAGACAUGAAGGCCCGGGAGGCUACAGACAAAACCAGAACUACCAACAGAACAGAUCAAAUGAUUACAAUAGGGGACCAGCGUAGGGGUCCUAACCGUGGUAGCCCAAGAUACCAAAACUACAACCAACGAGGUGGACACGGACAAUACCCACGUGGUUAUGGGGGUUACUCUAGACAUGGUUCAUAUUAACAUUAGUGCAAUGAGUUAUGAUAUCAAUCGCACACUUUGUGUAUUGAUUGUUGCUCCUAAGUCAGAGUGAAUACCAAUUUUUAAAACCGAUUUUACUCACUUGCUUUAUUUUAAGUUAUAGAACCACAUAAGAACUGGAAUGAAUAAAUAAAACAAUACAAAUUGCUAAUGGUUAUUACAUAUUACAUUAGGGCUGUUUCUAAUUGGUAUAAUAACUU